UUCCGCUCACGUCAGGAACUACAACUCCCAGGAUUCAGCUCGAUGACGCCUGCGCUCUGAGCCUUUCCUGGAGCCGGUGGUGACCUAGCAGCAAGAUGGCAGCGGCGGAGGUCGGCUGUGGCGGCGGCGGCGGCGGCGGCAGCAGCAGCAGCAGCAGCAGCAGGAGGGUCCUGUGCCUCUUUGAUGUGGAUGGGACGCUCACCAAACCCCGGCAGAAAAUCACUUCGGAGAUGGAUGAAUAUAUACAACAUUUAAGGGAAAAGGUGAAAAUUGGAGUUGUGGGCGGUUCUGAUUUCGAUAAAAUUAAAGAGCAGCUGGGAGACGAGGUUGUUUGCAAAGUCGAUUAUGUAUUUGCUGAAAAUGGCUUAGUUGCAUAUAAAGCUGGCAAGUUUUUUGCUAAACAGACCAUCCAGAGCUAUAUUGGUGAGGAUAUCCUGCAAGACCUGAUCAAUUACUGUCUAAAUUAUAUGGCCAAGAUUAAGCUGCCUAAAAAAAGAGGCACAUUCAUUGAAUUCCGUAAUGGAAUGCUGAACAUCAGUCCAAUCGGUCGAAAUUGCAGCCAAGAAGAACGUAUUGAAUUCUUCGAACUUGACAAAGAAGAAAAGAUCAGAGAAAAAUUUGUGGCUGAUUUACGAAGAGAAUUUGCAGGGAAGGGCCUCACUUUUUCUAUAGGUGGACAGAUCAGUUUUGAUGUGUUUCCAAAUGGAUGGGAUAAGCGAUACUGUCUGGGAAUUCUGGAGAGUGAUAACUAUGAGACCAUCCAUUUCUUUGGUGAUAAAACCUCACCAGAUGGGAAUGACUAUGAAAUCUUCAGUGAUCCAAGAACUAUAGGCCAUUCUGUCACAUCCCCAGAGGACACCAGGAGAAUCUGUGAUGAAUUGUUUUUCCACUGAGAGAUUAGCAUUCCAACAUAGUUGUUUUUUCCCAAGUUCACAUCAUCUAGUUGAAGAAAUAUACCUGGAUUAAACUUUUCUCCCCUCCCAAUUAAAUCUUAUUUUUCCUGGAAUAUUCAGCAAAAAUGCUGAAAAUUGUUUAUCAUUACAGAUGCAACUUCUAAUUUGUUUUAAAAAACGGUGCGGUAUUGAAUAACUGUCGAGCGAGCUUUGAGUGUGGUCUCAAAGUACAAGUAAAGAUUAAAUCUCAAAAUAACAGAUUUUCUGACUGAUGAAUGGAAACUAAAGGUGUUGUCACGAUGAUUCAGCUAAUUGCACUGCUUCUAAUAAAAGCAGAAUACUGCAGAUGCUGGAAAUCUAAAAUAAAUACAGAGAAUGCUGGAGAAACUCUAGCAGGUCUGGCAGCAUCUAUGGGAAAAGAAAGAGUCAAUGUUGCGAUUCCAGUAUGACAGUUUCAGUUCUGAAGAAAAGCCAUAUUGGGCUUGAUUGAAAUGUUAACUUUUUCUCUCUUCACAGAUGCUGCCAGAUCUGCUGGAGUUUCUCCAGCAUUCGUUUAUAUUUGCACUGCUUACCUCAAUGUACAAUAUUCAGGAAUCUGAUUAUUCAUUUAUUAUACAUAAAUGAAUAAGGCAGUUGACAAAUAGUACUCUAGAAAGGUGGUGUUCCUUUUUUUUCAAAUUGAUAUGGUCUGGUUAGCUAAAUCACAAAUAGAAACUUGAAUAGAUACUUAACAAUUGCACCUUAAUGUGGAGUCUUUAUUUUAUUACUUUGGAUUCAAUCAAGGACCUAUACUCUGCAUUUUCCGCAAUUGUGCUGGUCACUGAGAUUUACAAGGAUGCAGUAUGAUAUAACUGAGCCUACUGUAGCAGCCCUGCAGUGAUUUUGCUAAUUAUCUCUCACAGAUUCUGAUUUUAGAAAUAAUGCUCAUAGCCCAUCUACAGAACCAUCUGCUGUGUAAUCUUCAUUUUUAAUUAUAAACUGCAAUUUUCCACAAUGAUUCAUGAUUGAUUUCCCAAAAAUCUAAUUAUGAUCAUCUACCUUUGAAUUAAUAAAUUUCCCUAUUUGGGAAUCAUUACAUUUCAAUCCAAGGAUGGCUGUUAAUUCAGUUAUUCUGUAAAUACGAUUACUACUGUGCAGGAGAGGGCUAUUUGGUCCAUUGUGCCUUGCACCGGCUCUAUUUCCUAGUGCUGAACUGCGACAUAUCCCUGCAUAACACUAUCCGAAAAAAAUCCAAUGCCCUCUUGAAUGCCUCAAUUGAACCUGUUGAAUAAUGGUGAACCAAUUGCUUUUUAGAUUGCAAGAAGGUAAACAAUAGGGUUUCCACAGAAUUGGUACCAGGACCAAUAUUUCUCAAUCAUAUUAGUGACCGAAGAACAUGAUACAAUAACAUUAAUUUCCUACCUCUAGCCAUAUGUAGUAAGAUGGAUACCCUACUUUUUUUUUUAAAUGAUAGGUAUUUAUCAGAUUGUGGGUAAAUCAUUUUAAAUGACUGUUGCUUGUGCUUGUUAAUUCAAAAAGGUAGGAAUGACAAAACUAGAACUGAAUGCAGGUUUUUUUUAAAAAAAGCACCUAGUGAAACAUGCUGCCUUUUCUAACAUUUAAUUAUUUUGACAUCAUACAACAUUCCAUUUUAGAUCUUGGCUGAAAUUUCUUUGUCAAAAGUUUUUGUGCACAUUUGAUAAUGUCCACCCUGAUGUGAUUAUGUACACUGCAAAGCGUGUUGUACCUUUCUCAAAUCAAUAAAGCUGUGAUCAGAGUUAUUUCAGAAAAAGCUGGCUACAGUCACAUCUUUUUGAAAUCCAGUUCAAGGACAAAUCCACUCCCAGAGUUACAUUUGGAGUUGGUCAUUAUCAGACAUCUUUUCAUCUUCUGUGACUUUCUUCAAGGCAUGGACUAUGAAAUGUGGUCCUGUGCCUACGAUUCUAAUGUUUGAGUAACCAGAAUAGUUAUUUACUAAUUUAACACUGCAAUGAAUGCUAAAGCAUUCAGAUCCUUAAGAUCACAAUUUGUUUUUAUAAAGUAUUGGCAUGUUUAAUUGUACAUUUGAAAUAAAAAGAUCAAUGCUGUACUUAAAAACA